AUGUGUCAGAGGAAGUAUGCUCUAGAGUUAAUAUCUGAGUCAGGUCUAAGUGGUGCAAAGCUAGCUGGAACACCAUUAGAGCUGAAUCAGAACUUAACACCCACGGAAUAUGACAGUUGCUUUAAUACCAAUAGUGCUCACUUGGAUGAAGCUCUCAAGAAUCCUGGUAUUUACCAAAGAUUGGUAGGAAGACUGUUGUAUCUUACUAUGACCAGGCCAGACAUUGCCUUUGUAGUUCAGGUCCUUAGUCAGUUCAUGCAUUGUCCUAAGAACUCUCACAUAAAAGCAACAUUGAGAGUGGUAAGGUAUAUAACGGAGGCACUAGGUUUGGGACUACUGAUGCCUGCAGAAUCAUCUAGUAAGCCGAUUGCCUAUUGUGACUUAGACUGGGGGGCAUGCAUACAGAGAAGGAGAUCAGUUACAAGGUACUUAGUUAAGUUUGGCAAUGCAUUGAUAUCCUGGAAGUCUAAGAAGCAAAGUACUGUCUCUAGAAGUUCAGCAGAAGCAGAAUUCAGAAGUAUGGCUUCGUGUGCAGCAGAAGUUACAUGGUUAACAGGUCUGUUCGGCGAACUAGAUGUCAAGAUUGAGAUGCCUAUAACUCUAAUAUACGAUAGCAAAGCAGCAAUCCAGAUAGCUGCUAAACUGAUAUUUCACGAGAGAACAAAACAUAUUGACAUAGAUUUUUAUUUUGUGACGGAAAAGCUAAGUCAAAGACUAUUGAAAAUUGAGUAUGUGAAUACAGAAGAUCAACUAGCAGACUUACUCAUAAAGGAUCUGGGAAGAGCUCAACAUGAAUACUUGCUGAACAAAAUGGGGCUGAAGAACUUAUUUGAAUCAUCAGCUUGA